CUUGGUUAUAUGACUGAGGUGGAGCUUAGGAAAAGCGGCAAAAACUUACGAUCUUGCACUCGGCACCGUGGUCUUCUUUGAGCAUCUGCACAUAUGGAUUCUCAGGAAGGCAGUUCUCACAGACGGACGGGAAGUCUGUGGAUUCCCAGCCGGAACGGUUGAGAUCAUGUUUGAUCUGGGGAGGCAUGGUGACGUGGUGGGGUGAGCUGGAUGACUCUCGGAGUUCAGUCGAGAAGAAGCCGAAGAAAGAUGAGCCUGACUAUCGAUAGACGGUGGCGGUGUGUGGCUGGUGUGGCACGUGAUCGGAUAACAGACGAGCCUCUUUCCAUGUGUUGCUGAGAAAUCAGGGCCAUUGCACUGGAGUGAUUGGUUCAAAGUCUCGGAAUAUACUCAAGAUCUUCCGAUAUUUCUGCCUAGACGAUCCAUAACCUUGUCUGGAUCUCCUCCCCCGUCUAUCUCCCCUAUCAGUCUCCCCGCAAGAUCAGGUCACCCACUGAUAUCGCCGGGGCCUUUUCCUUCCGACGCAGCCACCGCCCGGAAACUCGCAGACCCGCCAGGUAACUGGGUCCACGUGAUUGGCCAGUCUUCGGCCCAGUCGAGGGUGCACGCGCUCAGGGGCUCGUGAUUGGCCUGGCCUUUUUCCCAGUCCGCCAAAAAGUUGUCGCUCAAUUGCACCCUAUUUAUCCUUCUUGACCACCUUUCACUCCCUCUCCUUUCUUGCAACUCACCUCCUCUUCGCUUCUCCACAGCCUUCUUGGAUCAAUUCCAACUGCUGUUCACUGUUAUUAUUAUACGGGCCGUUGUUCCCUUUUUUUCCUCUCCCAAUUCCCUCAAUUAUUCCUCCGGGACCCCCCCCCUUUUAAUACCCACCUCCCUCCCAAUUCUUCAUAAUGGCUCCCACUGCUCUUGAACGCGAGGAUGUUGCGCGCGAUGCUGCCUUCAACCAGGCUAUGCACGGCAAGUCAGCCAAGCUCCGCGGCGGUUUGACUGCCCUGCGCGGCAAGGACAAUGCUGCUCAGAAGGCUGCCGUCGACGAGUACUUCAAGCACUGGGACAACAAGGGCCACGAGGGGGAGACUGCCGAAGACCGUGAGGCUCGUCGCAAGGAAUACGCCACCCUGACCCGUCACUACUACAACCUGGCUACCGACUUCUACGAGUACGGCUGGGGCUCCUCUUUCCACUUCUGCCGUUUUGCCUACGGUGAGCCCUUCAACCAGGCCAUCGCCCGCCACGAGCACUACCUCGCCAUGCAGACCGGUCUCACGGAGGGCAUGAAGGUUCUGGACGUUGGCUGUGGUGUUGGUGGCCCUGCUCGUGAGAUGGUCAAGUUCUCCGGUGCCCACGUCACUGGUCUCAACAACAACGACUACCAGAUUGACCGUGCUACCCACUACGCCGUCAAGCAGGGUCUGUCCGACAAAAUGGCCUUUGUCAAGGGUGACUUCAUGCAGAUGAAGUUCCCCGACAACACCUUCGAUGCCGUCUACGCCAUCGAGGCGACUGUCCACGCUCCCGAGUUGGUCGGUGUCUACAGCGAGAUCUUCCGUGUUCUCAAGCCCGGUGGCAAGUUCGGUGUCUACGAGUGGCUCAUGACUGACGAGUACAACAACGAUGACCCGGAGCACCGUCGUAUUCGUCUCGGUAUCGAGCAGGGUGACGGUAUCUCCAACAUGGUCACCAUCUCCGAGGGCCUGAAGGCUAUCCGUGACGCUGGCUUCGAGGUUCUCCACCACGAGGAUCUGGCUGCCCGCCCCGACGCUACCCCCUGGUACUACCCGCUGGCCGGUUCGUUCAAGCACAUGGGCUCCGUUUGGGACUUCUUCACCAUUGCCCGCAUGACCUGGUGGGGUCGUGGUCUUGCUCACCGCUUCGUCGGUGCUGGUGAGACCAUCGGUCUUUUCCCCAAGGGUUCCCAGAAGACCGCCGACAGCUUGGCUCUUGCUGCUGACUGCCUGGUCGAGGGUGCUCAGAAGAACCUGUUCACCCCCAUGUACCUCAUGGUCGGCAAGAAGCCCGAGUAAAUGGGGUAUUGAAAAAGUUGCAUUCCCCCGUUCGUUAUUUCAACUGCGAUUACCUUUUUGGCCGGUGAUACACAUCUAGCACCGCCUUCUUUUAUUUCUCCCCAUUCCAUGGGCACCGAUCACACCUCCUCCUCUUUCCCUCGUCCCGCAACUUCUUUGAAAUCGGAGUCUGUUCCUCAUUAUCCCACCAUGUUACCAUGUAUUUUCUCUUCUACUUGUCAUUAUUUCGAAUACCUGCUGUGCCGCCGAGGCGUGAACGCUUGAUUUGAUUUGUCUGUCGAUGAAGAUUCUCUGGCCGGCUCCUCGAUGGAUGGUGACGUUGAUGUUUCUUCUAUCUUCUUUUUCGAAUGUUUCUUUUCUACUGUCAUAGAUAUGUAAUAGUUAUUGAGGCAAGAGUAAUGAGCAAAGAACUGGCAUUGUUCUUUAUCUGCAAUAUACCUUCUUCCGUCACAUAAUGUGGCCUUUGCG